AAGGCAUGGGCUGAUCCGCUUGAGCUCAAUGGUACCACCUUCACCUUCUCUAGUACCAUCGCUUUCUCCUCUCCCAUCAAACAACGUUGUGUUCAACAGCGUAACUCCGUUGUACCACCAAGCACUGAACAUUGGCAAACCGCAACAAUGACGACCUACAUCCCAUCCAUCACGCUGCCAGCGAUGGUCUUCCAGAACCCCGCAGCGUCAAUCCUCCUCCCAAUCGCCCUGGGAACAGCUGUAGGAUUCUCCGUCCAGCCAAAAGAAACCCAAAAAACCUACAUGGCACUCAAGCAACCCCCUUACCGCCCACCCCCUCAAGUCUUCGGCCCCGCUUGGACCGUUCUCUACGGCUUGAUGGGCUACGCCGCCUACCGCGCCCACUCAACAGGAAUGAACCCCCUUUCCUCCGCCAACCAACUCGUGCUCUUCAAGCAAGGCGCGACCCUCUACUCCGUGCAACUAGGCCUCAACCUCCUCUGGAUGCCGCUCUUCUUCGUCGCCAAGCGGCCCAUCGAAGCCACCGUUGACAUCGUUGCCUUGACUGCUACGACAGGGUAUUUGACUUAUAUCUGGGGGCAAGUUGAUCCCGUCGCUGGCUGGGCUCUCGUCCCAUACCUCGGAUGGUUGGGCUUCGCGACGUAUCUCAGUGCCGGAGUUGGGUACUUGAAUGGUUGGAAUAUUGCGGAUAAGGAGGUUGACGCUAGUCCCGCGGGCAAGGGGACCAAGUAUGUUGAUGAGAAGGAGUAGAUUGUUUUUGAUUGUACGAGAAUUGGGAAGGGAGUGAACCAAGCUGGUGGGGAUAUUGGGGGGAAGUGGAUCGGUGCUCGGAAUGGGAAUUCGGAAUUGGGAAUGUGGGUGAUUGACGGGGUUUGCGUUCGGCCUGUUCCGG